UCCGGCGUGAUGUGACGUCGCAUCCAAUAUUGCAUGCAGUGAGACGUGGAAAAUAACAUAAUAAGAAUGGAGUAUUCUUAUACUGUAGAAGAAGCACCUCCCGACGAUGUUCCCAGCGUGGAGCACGACAUUCGACGCGCGAAGAAAUUUCUUCAGAAACACAGCACGGAAUCGGGUGACAGCUUAUAUGACCAUCUAACUGAACUUUUAGCAAAAAUACUUGCUGAGCAGCCGCGAAACGCAGUUGAUAUUUUCGAGGAGUACAGCAGAAAAUUGAAGGAGGAGAGAUUUAAGACUAAGACGGAUCAUCUUCGGGAUCUGUAUGUACCACCCGUGCAAUACGACGAUGCCAAGAAGCUCAUUAAGCUCUUCCAGAGUGCAAGACAAAUUGACGAGGGCGAGCAGGAGAGAAUGGAGGAUGAAGAGGAGGAUGAUAAGAAGAAAAAGUAUCCCGAUAUGCUGGAUCUUUUGUUUUACUUCGAGCAGACGGGUGUAGGAUUGCCGCGACACGAAAUGGUGUUGCUUAAUUUAUCGAUUCGGAAGCUGGCCUCCACCGUGCCCCUUGAAAAUAUUAGGUUUUGGGGUAAAAUACUUGGAAACCCCAAAAAUUAUUAUGUAGUGGAAGCUGAAUUUCAAGCGGAUGAACUUGCUCGAAGAUUAGAGCAAGAGACAGUCGAGAUACAAACUCCGAGAGAGAAAGAGGAACUCGAAACGGCAGCAAAACUCGCGGAAAAAGAAGACGAAAUGGCAAAAACCGAGAGGGAAGCCGUGGAUGGAACCGUCGAAGCAACGGAAAUCCCGCACGAGAAUACGGGAAUAGGAAAACCCUUGAAGCUUGUCUUUCCUCCGUUGCCUGUUAAUCCGUGGAGACCGCUGCCGGAAGUACCGGUUGAAAGAAUCGGGAGCGGUUUGAAUAAAAAAGUGUAUUUUGUAUGCAACGCGCCUGGAUUGGACGAGUGGAUCGAACUUCCGGCGAUUACGCCGCAGCAGAUAGUAAUUGCACGACAGAUUGUUCGAUAUUGUACGGGAAACUUGGAGACACCGAUUCACAGCUUCCCGCCGUUUCCCGGUGUUGAGAAAAAUUACCUUCGCGCACAAAUUACAAGGAUCAGCGCAACCACUCACGUUUCGCCGAUCGGUUUCUUCACGCUUGGUGGAGAAGAGGAGGAUGAGAUAGAAGAAGAAAGAGAGAAGGAAGGGGAGUUAGUAGAAAACGUGAAUUAUGAACCGCUGUCGAUUAAAGCUCUCGUAGAUCCCACCAUGUCAAAUUGGUGUCAUCAUAGCCCGUAUAUUCUCAAACAAGGACGAAUUAGCUGGUGGAAUCCCGAGAAAGGAGACGAUAUUGUAGACGAAGAACUCGAAGAGGAAGAUGAAGUGGAGAGAGACGAAGUCAAGACGAUCGAAAAAGAAAUCGGACCACCUCUGUUAACUCCUUUGUCCGAAGAUGCCACUAUUGAUUUUGCGGUACCAUGGACUGUCAGGCAGUCAUCAUAUCUGCAACCAGACAAUGCAGUAGCUUUAGUCAGAUCAAAUGUAUGGCCCGGAGCUUUCUCAUUUGCAGUUGGAAAACGUUUCGCAAAUGUGUACAUCGGCUGGGGCCUCAAAUACAACGCUUACAAUUAUAGCCCUUUCAAUAUGCCGCCUGUUCAAAAUCAGUACAAAAUCGGGCCAGAAAUCAUGGAAAUUCGCGACCCCAUCGUCGACGAAGAAGAGACAUGGCGAAUGGCGCGCUUUCCACCAACGGAAGCAGAAGAAAAGAUGUUGGAUGAAGAGAUGGAGGACGAAGGCGAAGACGAUGAGGAAGAAGAGGAAUUUGAGGAGGAGGACGACGACGAAUAAACUUUUCCGCGCACAUCGCGCGUCCAUUUGCGAUGCAUUUCCCGCGAUUUUAAACGUUAACUCACUAGUCUUCUCGCAGAGUGCGCUACAGGACGGUCUGAAC